CUUUUUCCUCUUGCUUGUCCAUUGCCACUUGACUUCCUCUCCAGCGACAGCAUCGAUACCCACACAACAUGAGCGUGCAAACCACUCCCUCAAAGAAGGCCACCUCCGCCAUGGAGUCCCUCAAGAUGGAAUCGCCCAUCAAGAAGCCGCAAUUCGAGUCAUCCGAGGCCGACAAGGAGAACAUCGAGGCCAAAUACGCAUCCGACGAGGUCGCCGUCCCGAUCAAGGGCAUUCCCGAGUUGCCCGAGGAAGAGGUCGUAGCUGUCACAGCAACAUCAGGCAAGGAAGACUUGGAGGAUGAGCCCAUACUGCAGGAGAACGGUCAGCGCUUCGUGCUGUUCCCGAUCAAAUACCACGAGAUCUGGCAAAUGUACAAGAAGGCCGAGGCCUCUUUCUGGACCGCCGAGGAGAUCGACCUCUCCAAGGACCUUCACGACUGGAACAAGCGCCUCAACGACGACGAGCGCUUCUUCAUCUCCCACGUCCUCGCUUUCUUCGCUGCCUCAGAUGGUAUCGUCAAUGAGAACCUCAUUGAGCGCUUCAGUGGAGAGGUGCAAAUCCCCGAGGCCCGCUGCUUCUACGGCUUCCAGAUCAUGAUGGAGAACAUCCACUCCGAGACAUACUCCCUCCUCAUCGACACAUAUAUCAGCGAGCCCAAGCAACGCACGUACCUCUUCAACGCCAUCGACAACAUCCCAUGCAUCCGUAAGAAGGCUGACUGGGCGCUGCGAUGGAUCUCCGACAAGAACUCCACCUUUGCCUGCCGUCUCAUCGCCUUUGCCGCCAUUGAGGGCAUCUUCUUCUCCGGAUCUUUCGCAUCGAUCUUCUGGUUGAAGAAGCGUGGUCUCAUGCCCGGCCUCACCUUCUCCAACGAGCUCAUCUCCCGUGACGAGGGCAUGCACACCGACUUUGCCUGCCUGCUGUUCUCCCACCUCAACAACAAGCCAUCAAACCAAGUCGUUGAAGACAUCAUCACCGAAGCUGUCGUCAUCGAGCAGGAGUUCCUCACAGACGCCCUCCCAUGUGCGCUCCUCGGAAUGAACGCCAAGCUCAUGUGCCAAUACAUCGAGUUCGUCGCCGACCGUCUCCUCCUGGCACUCGGCAACCAGAAGCACUACAACGCCACGAACCCCUUCGACUUCAUGGAGAACAUCUCCCUUGGAGGCAAGACCAACUUCUUCGAGAAGCGUGUCGGUGAUUACCAAAAGGCCGGUGUCAUGGACAGCAUCAAGAAGCAGGCUGCAAAGGCCGAGGGUGCUGACGCUGAGCCAGCACCCGUCAUGAACGGUGACUUUGCUUUCGAUGAAGACUUUUAGAUGUGAUGAUAUACAGAAUGGCGGUGGCGGCGUUGAUUUUAUGGGUCUCAUGGGCAAAGGCAUGGCAAUGCCGCGGCGUUUCGGGAGCAUUAUUUGUGAUACCUUCCUCGCUCCACAUUUCGACAGUACCGCGAGCAUGCGUGGACAUGGAAAGCGUGUAGAUCUUGAAUAGUGUGUGUCUCAUCAAAAAGAUUCGAGUUCAUCAUG